GUGCUCCUUCGCCGUGGUGGACUUGGGCGACGUGUCGCGAUUGGAGGAGAAGAGGUACCAGCGCCUCUUCCUGGUCGACUGGCCCGGCGAGGGCGUGCUCCACACGAAGAUCCUGAGCUCUUUGCAGACGCUGUUGGAGGGCAAGGUCACCUCAGGCGGUCCCUUCCGCUUGGUCUAUCGCAGCGUGGAGUACACAGACGGGGAUCCGGCCUGGCGUGCAGUGGCUCAGUUCUUCGGCCUUUGGCCGGAGCCACCAGCUCGGCCCGCGUAUCACGGCAUCGUCAGGCUUCCUUGGCGCGACACGGUGAUUUUUCUGGUUCCCUCCUCCACUCUCCUGGCGAGCGGCGAGACGCGCGAGGAGGUGCUCGGCGAGGAGGAAGAUGCGAGAUUGGACCCGCUGUUGCCGCCGUUGGCCA